AUGUGCUAGAUGCAUUCAACGAAUCAUUUGACGCUGACUGGGACGAAAUAGAAGCCCGCCUAGAGAAACUGAAAAAGUUCUCAGAAGACCGGCUUACAGCAAAUAAAAAGAGAGACUUUGAAAACCAAGUAGAGCGUGUUCAAGCUGUCACGAGAGUUAUCAAGGGUAAGGAGGGACUAAUACUAGACCCUAAGAAUAAAUAUGUCAGGGAACUCAUCAAACGAUCAUCUGUAAGAACACUCAAGGAUGGCACAGAGGUGUUGAUAUUUAGAAGUGAACAAGGUAUUGACAAAAGUGGCACACAAAUAAUGAAACGUGGUAAGACCAAGAAUCUAGUGUACUCAAAGGACUCACCUGCUCUGAGAGAAUACAAGGACCUUCUAAAGAAAAUAAAAGAGGUACCUACGGAUGAAUCAUUUUAUGAGGAUACUAAAGAAGAGCCGCAAUUUGAUGACAGUGAUGAGGAAUACGCUGACCGUGAGAACAUUGAGUUAAUAGACAUAAGUGCAAAAAUAGGAGACCUUCCAGGGCUAACAAUGCAAGAAAACAAUGAACUGAGAGGUGUUCUUAACCCACCUGAUGGAUCAAGUAUAGAAGGUAGAACAGGUCCCAAUGGAGCGUUACAAAUCCAGGCUGACUACUUUGAUGAAGCCAUUGGUGAAACCAUGGAACGCGCCACCUCUGCGGAAGGUACAACUGAGUAUAAUUCCCUUAUGGAAAGAAUUGAUAGUCUAAAGGAAGCAAGAGAACGAACCCUAGAACAGAGAACAAUAGAGGAAGCAAGAGAGGCACAGUUGGAAGAUAUUUCUAGACUACUUAGAUUUAUAGACUGGGUAGGAAAGGAAAAAGUGGGACUUGUAGGGAUAGCAGUGUCAACAGCUAGUUUAAUUACAGCCUUAUUAAUCCAUGCUAGGGGAGCCAUUGUGAAGACAGCAAAGGCAACUGGUAAAGUAGCAAAAGCACUAGCAAAUUUAGCAAAGAAAGCAGGACCAAUUCUAGUUCCAAUCCUGAACGCAGUUGCAACAGCGCUAUCAUGGGGAGCCAAAGGAAUUGCCUGGUUAGCGUCAAACUUAUGGGUUCUAGCUGUAGCGGCUGCAUUACUUGCGUACGACUACUUACAACGCUAA